CUUCAAUUUCAAGCUCACAAACAACGAGGCUGAGUAUGAGGCAUUGAUAGGGGGUCUGAGAUUGGCCAAAACCCUACAAAUCACAUGCCUCAGGAUCAAAUCCGAUUCGAGCUUGGUGGUAGGCCACAUCAAUGGCAACAUGGAGGCCAAAGGAGAAAAGAUGCAGAAGUACAGAGACUUGGCAAAGGCAUUACUAAAGGACCUGACCGAAUAUGUGAUAGAGCAAAUCCCAAGGGCGGAGAAUACUGAUGCUGACUUGCUAUCUAAAUUGACGCAAGCAGCCCCGGAGCAUGUGUCUAAGCUGGCUAGGAUUGAGACACUAGAAAAAGCCAGCAUUGAAGGGUUUUCUGUGAGCAUGAUAGAGGAAGAUGGACAUCCCAUAUCUGGCCAAGUGGAGCCAAAUGAUAUUUGGAUGGAUGACUUGGUCAAAUACUACAUGACCGGGCAAUUCCCUGAGGAUGAGGACAGGGUAAGAAAAGUAAAGUUAAGAGCUCCCAGAUUCCAAAUGCUUGAUGGAAGGCUAUACAAAAGAGCAUUCGGCGGUCCAUUGCUCAGGUGCUUGACUAGGGCAGAGGCGGAAAGAGUGAUUGCUGAAGUUCAUGAGGGUGUCUGUGCAGCCCACCAAAUGUCCAGGACACUCGCCCAGAGGAUCAUUUUGCUAGGUUAUUUCUGGCCUACAAUGAACCAGGAUUGCGAGAAGUAUGUCCAGAGAUGCAAGACCUGCCAGGUCUUCUACAAGUUUCCGGGAAGGCCUGCGACAUACUACCAUCCAGUUUCUAAUGUUAUUCCAUUUGUAAGGUUUGGGAUGGACAUCAUUGGAGCCUUCCCUCAAGCUCAAGGGAGGAAGAAGUAUGUAAUGGUUGCUAUCGACUACUUCACAAAAUGGGUAGAGACCAAGGCAUAUGCAACCAUUACAACCAAGCAAUGCCAGCGCUUCGUGUGGAAAAACAUCAUCACUAGGUUCGGGUCUCCACGGAACAUCGUGACGGAUAACGGGCCUCAAUUUCGAAAUCCAGGGUUCACCAAGUACCUGGAGGACUUCGGGAUUGCCCACAACAAGGCUUCCGUGGCCUACCUGCAAGGGAAUGGCCAAGUGGAAAAUGCGAACCGAACUAUAGUGGAUGGGAUCAAGAAGCGGUUGGGUGAGGCAGGAACAAAUUGGCUAGAGGAGCUGCCACAUAUCAUAUGGGCAUACCGGGUCACUUCGAGAAGGGCCACCGGGGAGACACCUUUCGUCCUUACAUAUGGAUGUGAGGCUAGACUACCCAUUGAAGCAAAAAUAAUGACCUUCCGGGAAAAGAUCUAUGAGGAGAAAGGGAAUGAGGAAGAUCAUUUGGCAGAGUUGAACUUGUUGGAGGAAAGGCGGAUGGUUGCUGAGGCUAAAAUGAUAGAGUACCAGCAAGCAGCCAAGGCCUACCAUGAUAACAAGGUAGGGCCUCGCUAUUUCCAGGUUGGUGAUGAGGUCCUAAGACGAAGAGAGGCCAGUAAACCUGGUGAUGGGGGGAAGCUUGCAAAGAAAUGGGAAGGUCCAUAUAGGGUCAAGGCAAUACUACGCCCAGGGACAUACAAGUUGGAAACAAUGGAAGGUCGAGAAUUGGAAAGGUGCUGGAAUUCCCACCACCUUAGAAAAUUCUACCGAUAGGCCAAAUGGCAAGACAUGCAUUUGUAAUACCCUUUUGAUGAUGAAUAAAAGCUUUCUUCAAUAUGAGUGAUGUUGGGUCAGUGAUGCUAAAAUAACUUGUCUUGAUGUAAGAGGCAAGGUUAAAAAAAAGAAAAGAAAAGAUAAACCCUUGA